AUGUCUACACAACGUACAACUGUCCUCAUCACCGGCGCAAACCGCGGAAUCGGACGCGGUCUUUUGGAGCUAUACCUUUCCAAACCGCACCACAUCGUCAUCGCCGCAAACCGGAACCCCGAACAUCCGACGUCUAAGGAGAUCCUAUCUUUGCCCACUGCAGAGGAUACGGUGGUCAAAGUUGUGAAGCUUGACGUGACCUCCGAGACCGAUGCGAAAGACGCAGCGCAGACGUUGAAGGCCCAGGAAGGGAUUGAGCACAUCGAUAUCCUCAUUGCCAAUGCGGGGAUUGCGUUUGCGUUUCCGAAGCUUGAAGAAGCUAAAGUUGAGGAUAUCCGAGCCCACUUUGAGACGAAUGUCAUUGGGUUUGUGCGAGUAUACCAGGCGUUUCUGCCGUUCCUGAAGGCCGCGAGUGAUCCGAAGUUUGUGACGAUUGGGUCUUCUGCGGCAUUUUUGACGGAGUUCCUAGCUAACGUGUGCCAGAACGUGGGCGACGCUCCGAACGCUGCAUACGCGCCAACAAAAGUCGUGCAGCAUUGGUAUACUAGGACAGUUGCCAAUCAGGAACGGUGGCUCUCAGCGUUCCCCAUUGAUCCAGGCUUUGUCCAGAGUGACCUGGGCAAUAACGCCGCUCGUUUGCUUGGACUCGAGGAAGCACCUGUCACCGUCGAGGAGAGUGCUCGGGGUGUGGUUGGGGUGAUUGAUGCGUCUACCAGGGAAACGCACUCAGGCAAGUUGUGGAAGUGGACGGGGCAGGAGGAGCCUUGGUAG